AUGACGUGGUUAGACGACAAGGCCGAUGAUUCAGUUGUUUAUGUGAGCUUCGGGAGUCGUGCAAUGUUGACACGACAGCAAGCGGAUGCCCUGGCGACAGCCUUGGAGUGUAGUGGGGUGAAUUUCGUGUGGUGCUUGAGAAUUCAAGAGGAAGGACACGUCGCAGGCUACAAGGACGUGAUCACGAAAGAAUAUGAGAAUCGAGUAGCAAAUAGAGGGUUGAUAAUCAAAGGUUGGGCUCCACAAGUUGCGAUACUAAGACAUCGAGCUGUGAGUGUUUUCUUGACUCAUUGCGGAUGGAACUCGAUACUAGAAGGCAUAUCCUCUAAGGUGCUCAUGCUAACAUGGCCUAUGGGUGCAGACCAAUUUAUAAGUGCAGAAUUGUUGGUUAACGAACUCAAUGUGGGAAUUAGAGCUUGCGAAGGUGGUUGUCAGGUAGUCCCAGAUUCAGUCGAGUUGGCUCAUAUCUUAUCCGAGUCAAUUACUGGAGCCCCCCCACAGAAAGAGCGAAUGAGUAAACUCCAUGAUUCUGUCUUAGAGGCCCUUCAAAAGGGAGGGAGCUCUAGUCAAGAUUUGGAUGCAUUUGUCAAGCAAAUUAGAAUAUGUCAGCCAAGUGGGGGUGAUAGUAAUGUUACUUUUGAGAAGGAAUCUGGUCAAAAUUUGGGAGGCUGUGAGGGUUUGGGAACUUCUGAAAAGGCAUCCAAUACGGCUGAAAAUAGUUCCAAUAUCAGUGUGCUUACAGCUGUUACUACUGAUGAUAGUUCAAACUCCUCAUCUGAAUCAAAUUCAUCUGAAUCUAGUAGCAGCAUUAAUAAUAGCUCAGAUUCAGAGCAUGAGGAGUUGUUUGAAGAAGGAGAAGCUGAUUAUGGAAGUGAUACACAUAAGGAAUACAUGGCAUUUAGGGCAUAA